AUGUUUGGUUGUGUUGUUGUUGAUCUCAACUAUACAAGUGUCUCUCAUUCUCUUGGCGGGACUCACACAGCAUCUCUUGGAAUUGCAUCUCCUGGUUGUUGCCUGACUUCCAUUGCAUCCCCUGUUUGGACUGAACUGUGUGGAGGACUCAUCAAAACAAACGGACCGAUCAACGACACAUGA